AUGUCUGAAACUAAAUUAGUGACUAGUGGAUGGUUAAAACGUCACAGGUUUCUCGCAUUUUGGGCCAAACGUUAUUGUGUCCUCACAGGUACUGAUUUUUGCAUAUAUAAAAGUGAAGAUCUAACAAGUUUUGAUUUUCACAUCGAAAUCCUUCCAACAACAACAAUUGAAAUCAUAGACGAAGUGCAUGAUCCUCGUUUUAGAAUAAUCGACAACAUGGGAAAGGAGAAUGUGUUUGAGACACCAAAUACAGAAAUGUUAAUGCGAUGGGUGCUAGCAUUGCGUGGAUGCACUCUUAACAACCCACAAUUAAAAAUGUCUGAUUUUCGAGUUCUUAAAGUUAUUGGACGUGGAUUUUACGGAAAAGUUACGUUAUGUGAACAUAUUGCAACAAAAGAGAUUGUUGCAAUUAAGUCGAUCCAUAAAUCUCGUCUUAUACAACAAAAUAAAGUUACCACAGUUAUAUCAGAAAGGAAUAUCCUUGCAAAAGCUCAACAUCCUUUUAUUGUUAAUUUGAAAUUUGCUUUUCAGAGUCCAUCAAAGUUCUACUUGGGACUUGAAUAUGUCCCAGGUGGUGAGCUAUUCUUCCAUAUGCAAAGAUAUGGUAACAUUCGACUUGAUGAUUGCAAAAUUUACAUUGCUGAAAUUCUUUUGGCAUUAAAUCACCUACAUAGUCUUGGAGUUAUCUACAGAGACCUCAAGCCCGAAAACAUUCUCUUAGACGCGAAUGGUCACAUUAAACUUACAGAUUUUGGUCUCUCAAAGAAUCUUGCCCAUGAGGUCCAUACGUCAACAUUUUGUGGAACAACAGAGUAUUUAGCCCCAGAAGUCGUCAACCACCAACCAUAUACUUAUUCUGUUGAUUGGUGGGCACUCGGUGUUUUAACUUACGAACUCUUGUUCGGAACAACACCUUUUGCACACCAAAACCGUGCAAAGAUGUUCAGAAACAUUCUUGACAAUGAACCUCAAUUUCCGCCUAAUUUCAACCAAGAAGCCAUUGAUUUCAUUAAAGCAAUGCUUACAAAGGAUCCUCUCAAACGCCCAACGUUUGAACAGAUCAAACAAAUGAAGUUCUUCCAAAAUUUGAACUGGGAUGACGUCCUUCAGAAGAAAAUUCAACCUAAGUUUGUUCCGGCUUCCGAUAACUCCAACGAAGCCAAUAACUUUGAUCCCGAAUUCACAAGCGAACAGGCUGCAGAUUCAUAUGUUAUGCCUGUUUUCGGAUCCGCUGAAAAACUUGCUGGAUUUUCUUACGUCGACCAAUCAUUUGAGGAAGAAUAUAAUGAAUCCGAUGCAAUCUCGAUCGGAAGUUCUUAUUCAGAGCCAAAUGGAGAUUUGGCUGAAGAUAAAAAUAACAAGGAGCUCAUGUCUGGUGAAGUACUUAUGGCUGUCCCAGAAUCUGCUUCUAACUGUUCUGAUUAA